GAUAAAGCUGUGGCUGAACCAGUAAGUCGACUGCUGGAAUCAACCCUGAGAAGCACCCAUAUGCCAAGUCGGAUUGGAGCUCUGCAUGGAAUUCUUUAUAUCCUUGAGUGUGACUUGCUUGAUGAGACAGCGAAGCAACUCAUUCCAAUUAUCAGCGAGUAUCUGCUCUCCAAUUUGAGAGGAGUAGCACAUUGUGUGAAUAUCCAUAACCAACAGCACAUCUUGGUAAUGUGUGCAGCUGCUUUCUAUUUGAUUGAGAAUUACCCACUUGAUGUAGGGCCCGAAUUCUCUGCAGGAAUUAUACAGAUGUGUGGAGCCAUGGUAUCUGGAAGUGAUGAAUCAACACCAUCCAUUAUUUAUCAUUGUGUCCUGAGAGGAUUAGAACGACUCCUUCUUUCAGAGCAACUUUCUAGGCUGGAUAGUGAAUCGCUAGUUAAACUGAGUGUUGACAGAGUGAACGUGCAGAGCCCCCAUAGAGCAAUGGCAGCACUUGGAUUAAUGCUGACUUGCAUGUACACAGGAAAGGAAAAAAUCAGCCCCAGUCGUCCCACAGAUGCAAAUCCUGCUGCUCCCGACAGUGAAUCUGUGAUCGUAGCUAUGGAACGAGUAUCUGUCCUUUUUGAUAGGAUCAGGAAGGGAUUUCCUUUUGAAGCUAGAGUAGUGGCUCGGAUCCUUCCACAGUUCCUUGAUGAUUUUUUCCCCCCACAAGAUGUAAUGAAUAAAGUUAUUGGAGAAUUUUUAUCCAAUCAGCAGCCUUACCCGCAAUUCAUGGCAACAGUAGUUUAUAAGGUGUUCCAGACACUACAUAGCACUGGACAGUCCUCAAUGGUCCGUGACUGGGUGAUGCUGUCUCUUUCUAAUUUCACACAAAGAACACCUGUGGCAAUGGCAAUGUGGAGUCUUUCCUGUUUUUUUGUCAGUGCUUCCACCAGUCAAUGGAUUUCAGCAAUUCUUCCACAUAUUAUCAGCAGAAUGGGAAAAUCUGAGCAAGUGGAUGUUAACAUCUUCUGUUUGGUGGCCAUAGACUUUUACCGACAUCAGAUAGAUGAAGAAUUAGAUCGGAGGGCCUUUCAGUCAGUGUUUGAGGUGGUAGCAUCUCCAGGAACCCCAUAUCAUCGCCUACUAACUUGUUUGCAAAAUGUCCACAAGGUCACAGCAUGUUGAACAUCCUGAUGUGUAAUGGAAUUGCAUGACUAGUGUUGGAAUCUGAUACGAAUUAUGGGGAAUGCAAGAUGAAGAAAGUAUCUGGGGUUGCAUUUGUGAUCAGUAUGGACCUGCCAGUUUUACUUCCAGAAUGCAUGGACAAGUGCUCUGCAGCACUGGAAAUCACCUGAAAAGUCUACUGUAGUUCUUGUGGUUGUUGACACCAGGCACAUGUGAGGGGGAAGAAAUAUGUCAACGUUUUUCAAGUGGUGUUUGGGACUAACCUGAGACACAUUUACUAACUGUAAAAUAUGAGCAAGUACUACAAUGCAAGAUAACUGGUAUUACUCUUCUUCCUAAUGUUCAGCUGAAGCCACUGUGUUGCAGCCGGUAAGAAACUCACAGAAAGACUGUUAUUGCAAGCUGCCGUCAUUAGAAAAUGUCAUAGUUUUAUGUACCUGUAUAUACUGUUGUGUAGUA